GGAUCACUCCUCAGAGGUCAAUAUGGAAGUCUUAGUUAAGUUACAGGAGGAUGUGAGAGUUUCGAUUAGCAAGGGUCAUGUAAACUUUAAAAAGUCCCCUAAAUCCAGAAUUUCCCAAGCUUACAUUGAGACACGGCUGGAAACAUUAGAGGAACAAUGGAGGUUGUUUACUGAUACGCACCGAACUAUUAUUUCAGAUAUUGAGACUGACGAGUACAGGAGCUCUAGCUAUUUCACAGAUGAUGUUUUUGAAUCCACACACGAGCUCUACUGCGAUUAUAAGACCAACUUAAAAGAGAGCUUGAGUGAAGUUGUUGCUGUAACCUCGAGCAGUAAGUCUCCCAUCCCGCAGUUCGGUACGUCUGUUAGUAUGCCACAGGUUAAGCUACCCAAAAUUAGUAUUCCCACCUUCAGUGGAAAGUACACUGAGUGGACCACUUUUAAAGAUCUAUUUGAGUCCCUGGUCCAUAGGAAUGAUAGUCUGGAAAAUGUUCACAAGUUGCAUUAUCUUAAAGCCCACUUAACAGGAGAGGCAGAGCAGCUUUUGCGUCACAUCCCUGUUACCGAUGUAAACUAUACUGAGUCUUGGUCUCUGUUGAACAAAAGGUUUAGCAAUAAAAAGUAUUUAGCCAACUGUUUAUUAAAGCGCUUGAUUAGCCAGACAAAUGUUAGUUUCGAAUCAUCUGAGCUAAUUAAAUCUUUACUAGAUACAACUUGCGAUUGCCUAAACGGGUUGAAGAAUUUGGGUUUAGAAACAGAUUCAUGGGAUGUUAUCGUAAUUUAUUUGAUUAGCGCAAAAUUAGAUCCAGAAUCUCGCAAGUUGUGGGAGGCAGAAAUAAGCACCACUGACGACCAUCCUACUAUGAGCCAAUUUAAGAACUUUUUAGAACAUAGGUUCCGGUCACUUGAGUUUUUGCCUUCUCGAUCAGUAAAGCCAAAUGUAGUCCGCAAUAACAUUGCUGUUCAUCACGUCACUGAAAUAUCGUGUCCAUUUUGUUCAGAGAGUCAUAGGUUAUACAAUUGCAAGAAUUUUGCAAAAGAACAGGUGGACGCACGACGUAGUUUUGUUCGGUCCAACGGAUUAUGUUAUAAUUGUAUGUGUUCUGGUCACUCCGUAUUUGCUUGCCGUCAAACUUCCAGGUGCCGAGUUUGUAAAAGGAAGCAUCAUUCUCUUUUGCAUGUCAGUAGUCCCAAAUCAACUGAUCAAAAUGUUGAGAGCUCAUCAGUUGAUAAUAGUGAAGUCAUUGUAGCCACUUCGUUGCCUAGUAACUCCAGUGUUCAUAGUGAAGUCCUUCUGGCCACUGCACUUGUUAGGGUAGAAUCGCAGUCCGGAAAUAUGCUAACUUUUAGAUCUCUGUUGGACCAAGGUUCUCAGGCUUCAUUUAUCUCGGAGUCAGCAGCACGAUUACUAGGUUUAAAACGAGUUGCAUGUAACGUAAAUGUGUCAGGUGUAGGUGAUAGAGUUCCAUCUGUUGUUUCGAAAUCAUUGGUAAGCUUUAAGCUCCAAUCGACUCUUGAUCCCACUUUUGUCAUUCCUGUUAAAGCUUACGUGUUAAAGAAACUGACAUCAGUCAUCCCAAAGCGGAAGGUUAAUAUUCAACUGAGUCAGAGCUUGACACAACUCAAAUUAGCAGAUCCCAAAUUUCACACUCCUCAUAAAAUUGAUUUGAUUCUAGGAGCCGACAUUUACAGCCAGAUUUUAGUUGAAGGAAUUAUCAAGGGUUCUCCAGGCUCUCCUCUAGCGCAGAACACAAGGCUUGGAUGGAUCCUAUCUGGCCAGGUUCAUUCAGAACCUGUAGACGGUUCGCCGUUAUGUCAUAGUAGCAGAAUCAUCAGUUCGCACGCCCACAACGACAAGUGAGCCGUUGUUGAGGAAUGGUCCCUCUUGGUUGACAAAAGAGCUAUCGAAUACAGUCCACUAGGUUGUAACCAAGAUACCAAUUUAGGAAAAACUUAGCUCAGUUUCUACAGCCACCACA